GGCCCAGCUGCUAAAAUCUAUGGCUGACCAACUUUGAAAUGAAGAGAUAAAGAGAUAGAAAGCUUGCAAAAGAGAAAGAAGGGAAAAGGGUUGGUGGUUAGAAAUGGAGAGAUAAUAUUCUCUUUAGCUUUCAUGGGUUUUUGGUUUUUUCUUUCGAAAAUCAAGCAAAAGUCCUCUAAAGAUCUCUGUAAGUAGAAACCAAAGUUUAAGAUUAUUGGUUUCUGGGUGCUUUGAGAUUCAAAGUUUUGUGUUUUCUUGUCAUUUGGAACAAUCUGAUAGUUCUAAGAUUUGAAUAAUAGCCAAGAUUUAUCUGUUUGUAUUUGGAGAAACCUUUUGUUUCUUUUGGAUUCUAGCAAUCUCCCUUAAGCUUCAGUUUUUCAUUAAAAAUGAUGUCUGAUGAUGUAUUUUCUCUUCCUUCUUCCGCCAAAGCUUUCCCUCAACAACUUGCAGAACCAAACCCUAACCCUAAAUUAAAUGCAAACCCUACUUCCAAGAAGAGGAGAAAUCUACGGGGAACACCAGAUCCAGAUGCAGAAGUUAUUGCUCUUUCACCAAAAACACUCAUGGCCACAAACAGAUUCAUCUGUGAAAUCUGCAACAAAGGUUUCCAAAGGGAACAAAAUUUGCAGCUCCACAGAAGAGGCCACAAUCUUCCAUGGAAACUCAAGCAAAGGGCUAAUAAAGAUCAGAUAAAAAAGAAGGUCUACAUAUGCCCGGAAAAGACCUGCAUCCAUCACGACCCAUCCCGGGCUCUCGGGGACCUCACCGGCGUCAAGAAGCACUUUAGCAGAAAACAUGGAGAAAAGAAGUGGAAAUGUCAGAAAUGUUCAAAGAAAUAUGCUGUUCAAUCUGACUGGAAAGCUCAUUCUAAAACUUGUGGGACUAGGGAAUAUAAAUGUUACUGUGGAACACUUUUUCCUAGGAAAGAUAGCUUUAUUACACACAGAGCUUUCUGUGAUGCCUUAGCCGAAGAGAGUGCAAGAUCAGUUGUAGCCACUAAUGUGAGCUCCAGAAAUGAUUUGAAUGGAGAUCUGAUGAGCCGUCAACAAAAUUUGGCUCAUGGGUUUUCUGGAAUUCCGCUUCUUGGGGCUGGUUUUAGAUCAGAUUAUACCGGUAUGGCCCCCGCCGGGAAUUCUGAUCAGCAGAAGCCUGGAUUAUCACUUUGGUUGGAUCAAGUGAAUUCUCAACUCAAUCCAGUUGAUCCAAAUUCAAAUCUUUUCAUGCCUAAUAUGAUGCAAAUGGCAUCGGAUAACAAUGUUUCUGACUCGUCUAAUCAGUUUUCAUGGCUGGAAAGAACAGCAGCCUCUGCAAAUUACACUUUAUUUCCACAAGAAGGCCUAAAGGAGGAGGCAGUAAUUAGCAAAGGAGCUGAAUCUCUUUCUUCUUUAUACUCUGAUACUAAAAACGUUCACUCAAACUCUUCAGCUUCUACAUCAAUGUCUGCAACUGCAAUUCUGCAAAAGGCAGCUCAAAUGGGAUCAACUGAAAGUACUCCAACAUUCUUCAGAAAUCCCUUGAAUAAAAGUGAAUUGCACCAGGUUUUCAAACAGCAGGCACCAACAAAUACUACUGCAAUUAACGGCCUGGAUCAAUCUAUUCAAAGAAGUGGAACAGCAGAAAACCAACAGGGUUCUGCUAACUUGCAUUCAGGGUUCAGAGAUUUUCUCGGCAUGAGCGGAGAAGGUGGCGCCGUCCCAUUCUUCCCACCGGAGCUGGCGAAAUUUGCUUCCAUGAGUUCAGCCAUGGGAUUGAGCCACUUCUCAAGCAAUCACUAGUUUUUUUAUGCCAGGUAUGGUAACACGACAGUAUGAAACGUUACUUUAUGGUCCCGUGUUGUAACACGUAAUAAUAACGUAAGGUACAUCACAAUCUUAUCACAAUCUUGCACUUCAAUAUGCCUCUUUGUGUUGUGAUCAAAAUCUAUUUACAUGAUAUUGAUUUCAGAUGGCACGAAUGGCCUUAAAAAAUUAUAAAAGAGUGCCGGCCUCAAAGGGCGAUCGAGAAUUCGUGAUAAAUGAAAGUUUGUUUGGUAUGUAAUCAAAAGACUCGUGAAUUUUUUACAGAAGUUGCGUGUGGUCAGAUGCCAUUUGAAUUGUAUCUAUGUCAAAGGAUAAGAUGUCUUGAAAUAGAUCGAGCCAUUAUUUGAACUC